AUGGCCUCCAGGAGACCUCCUCACCCGGACCACCUGCUGCUUGGAGGGGAGCUGAUGGACGACCAUCGUGCUGGUUCGCUAACUUUCACUUAUAACGUCUUUUAAUAUUAAACUUAUGAAGAUGCAUCGAGUUACUGGAUUAAUAUGAAACUUAAAAGCUUCAUGGGUGCAGAAAUCUGAGGGAUUAUUUACUCUAAUUGAAGAAAAGAACCCACACCGAGUGAUCCGGGUUGAUAAAAAGAACGUUUGAAAUCAGAAAAAGAAGUUAGACUUUUACUCGAUGUUUUUUUUUUUUUAUAUAACAAAAUGACUUUUAUGAUGGCGAUAAAAUCUCAAAUAUCCCUGGAAAAAGCUGUGAAGUGUUAACAGUCAGUGUAGUGAUUUAAAAACACACCUGGAUCGUGUAGAUGUUCACCUGAGAUGAGUCUGACUGUCUGUUAAAGCUUUAUUAUUUAUCCUGAGCUAACACAAAAACAUCGAAUCCUUUCAGUGUCAAAGUUUAUGGUUUUAAAUGAACUCAUUUUCUGAAAUAAACUGUCCUGGUUUGAAUAUGAACUGUUGUAUUAAAUGUUUCCAAGUUAGGCUGUGUGAAAUAACGCACAUGGAGCAGAUAAUCAGCAUAUUACAUGAAUUACAAAGCUAAUGCUAAACUAUAAAUGGGUUUAUCUACAUGAGAAAAUAAGUUCUUGAUAUAGUUUGAUGAAAAAUGUGUUUUUUUACAUUUGUGUACAGCUGCUUAUCGAACCUGUUUUUCGGAGCAUCAUCAAAACUUAUUUCUUAAGUUAUCCUUUCACCAAAGUUGGUUAAAACAUUUUGAAAUUAUUUCUGAUUCACUGAUAUUUGUUUUCUCAGAGAAUAUUUCAGGUCCGUGAACAGUAAAAAUGCAUAAAGUUACAGAUUUUCUGCAGCUUUCUUUUCACUCGUUCUCUUACAUCUUACUGAGUAAAUUUGUUUUUGCAAUUAUAAGUUUAGUUUCCACCGUUUGAUCAUAUUGUAAUAAAAUUCAGCUUUUAAUUUGUAGCUCAGACUCUUCAACUUCAUAUACGUUAAAAAUUUUGAACAUUGUGAAAAUAUAACAUUGACUCAUUAUAUCAAUGCUAAUUAAAACAGGAUGGUUCAUAUUUCUUUUAAUGUGUUCAUGGAUCAGUUGAUGUAGCACAGUUGUGAGAAGUUUAUGUGAAUUCAGAUUUAUGAGAUUUUGUUCAGGUUUUUUUCUUCUGUAAGACAAAUAUUGUGAGUUACAGGAGACAGAAUUUUAACUCUGGUUCUAAAACGUUCUGAAUUUUCCUCAUCAGACGACCAUCCAGUGGAAGAUGUCAUCGUGGUGUUGGACGAUAUCCCAGGUGACAUUGUUCCUAUCUACAUCUCUUCCUCUGAUGAUGAUAGUGAUGAUGAUGUUGUUGUCGUUUUGGCAGGUGGAGAUGAAGGCAACAACCUUAUUGAGGUUGUGGACUUGGAAGACAGCGACAGCAGUGAGGAGACUGACUUUAGCGACGACGGUGACUCUGACGACAGUGACACUGACGACAGUGACACUGACGACAGUGACACUGACGACACUGACGACUGGGACUCUGACAUCACUCAUAUUGACAGUGACUCUGGUUACAGCUCCAUGUCUGAGGAGGAGGAGGAGGUCGUCAGACCUGACUCCCCCCUUGACCAGGAGCUCCCACCAGACGACUUCUGGCUGGGAUGGCGCCAACUGUCUCCUCCUGUUCCAGCUGUUCUUCCAGUCCCCGCUGGUCUGCCUGUUGAGCCACCUGCUAGUCCUCCUGCUGGUCUUCCAGGUGCACAGUCCUCUGUCCAUCAGGGUCCAGAGGACUGUGCGCCCUCCACUUCAGGGCUGGUCUCCUCCUCAAACAGAAGCAGAGAGGAGAGUAGCCCUGAACAGGUAAGUGAAAAGAGGCAGAGGACGGGAGAUGAAGAUGACGAUCCAGUUCCUUCAACUUCAUCAGACCUCAGCUCCGGCACAGACAGCAGACUCUGUUUCAGUCUUCCCAUACUCUCAAGGUGGUAUGAGGACAGUGACUCUGACUGAAACAGAGGCUCUGUUUGUUGUCGGAAGGGGUAGUUGGAGGGGUAGGUAUACACACACAUGCUCAAACAUGCGCACAAACACAAGUCACAAUAAAUAUAAUUAUUGAGGAUUUUUUUUAAUAAGAUGGUAGAUGUCUGCAGAAAAGGUGAGUAAAAAUUAAUGCCAGUGAUAAAUAUAUUCUUUAAAUUUGGAUUCAUUGAGUAAUUCAGGGAUGAUUAUUCCUUCUAACUCUGUUCUCGUUUCUUUUACUUACAGAGAUGCAGCAGCAGACAAAAGUGAGCUCAUAACUAAGCGAAACAUUCACAAAUCUGCUGUAAGUUUCUACCUCACUCACUGAUGAUUCGAAGAUUAUUUUCUUUACUGUGUUGCACUUUCAUGAUUUUUUUUAACCAAAUGAAACAACGUAAUUUACCAACAACUGAAUCUGAUUGUGUUGUUUUUUUUUUCUUGGGUACUGAUGGCUGUUUCUGUCUGACCAAGGUAAAGUGAUCAUUGAAACUGAUGCUGAUGAAGAUUUUUUGCAGUUUUUUCCCAUGACUUUAUAGUGUCAUUAUUUAUCUGACUCCUGCUCCUGUUUGAACUUUACCAGGACUGACGAUGAGGAGGAGAAAGAAGACCAGACAUGGAGGAAAGAAGGUUCUGGAGCAGAAGGAAUGGACAAGCAGAAGACCAGCUGCAGAGCGGUGGCAGCUUUUCUUUUAUUGACUUGGUAAGUUUUCUUCUCUCUGAGACUAUAACAGUAACAGAGGAGACAUGAGGUCGUCAUAAACUUUGCUUUAAAAAUGUGAAUCAGUACUGUCAGUGUGUGAGCAUCUGUCCCUGUUCUGCUUUAAAGAUCCUGCAGGUGGAGCACUCAGUAGCUCAGCUGUUUUUUGAGCAUGUGGGCAGAAACCUUGAGCAGGACCAGACUCAAAUUGGACACAAAAAGACGAUGAAGAGGGUGAGACAAGACAUAAGGAGAAGAAUAUUCUGGACCAGAUGAGGAGGAUGGAUGAGCGAGAACCAGCUGCUGAUGGGUGGAAGAAUUUUUGUUGUGAGGUUGGUAAAUCACCCCCCUCUGAGAUUACAGCAGUGACAGUAAAGUUCAUUUUGGAUAUGUGGAUUACCAAAGAGGUCUUUGAUACUAUUCCAGUUUUCACAACUACUUGAACACUUCACUUUCCAUCAACACAAAGAUUUCAAAGUUGUCUUCAAGUGUUUUCUCGUGUUUUUCUGUCCUGUAGGGUUGGAUUCCUCUCUUUAUGGUUUCCGGAGGUCUGAGUAGAAGUGAACCAACAGAUCAUCCCAGGACCAAGACCACUCACUCACAGAAAUAUUUGGGCCUUAUUGCAUAUACAAGUUUUGAAUCACUUAGAUUUAACAUAAACAGGCUAAUAAACUGUAUGCUCACCGCAGUGUAAAGCCAGAAAACAGAGCUGACAACAAGCGUCCUAUUAUUGUUAAAUUCCUAAACUACAAGGACAAGGAGCUAAUCCUGAAGAGGAGAAAGGAACUGAAGAAGACUGCUCCUGGGGUUUACAUCAACGAGGACUUUUCUGAGGCUGUAAGGCAGAAGAGACAAGAUCGUAUGCCUAAAGUAAGGGAGGCAUGGAACAGAGGGGACAUUGCCUACUUAAGAUAUGAUCGCCUUGUGACCCAUCCACCUAGGGAGCGAGGGGCUGUGUUGCCCCCGCAAAUGUCCUCCACCCCUGAAUGGAGUGGCAUGUAG